AUGGACCCGUCAUAUCCAUCAUCAGACGGUGCGAAGGCGUUGGAUACCGACGGAAUAAAAUUGGUCUGCUCUUUUAGCACAGUGAGCAAUUUUGCUUGUAUAGUGAUGUUAUUUUGUAUAGUGUACAGAACACACGCACAUCAAGUAAUUAGCAGACUGUUGUUAAAUCUGGCCAUAUCGGAUUUCAUACAAAGUGUCGGAUUUAUGAUGAGUUACCGUUGGUUAGCAAUCAACACCAUUGAGCCGGGAACUUAUUGUAAUGCUCAGGGCAUAAUGAUUAAUAUUGGGGAUGUUGCAUCAGGCUUCUGGGCAAUGGUGAUCUGCAUUCACUCGUACUUUCUCGUAGUCCACUCGUACGAACACCAAAAUUUAGUUCCAGUAGCAAUGAUUAUUAUAUGGCCGUUAAAUAUCUUUAUCGCAUUAUCUGGUCUUUUAAUUUCAACACCGACGGUACCGUUCUUUAACCGAGCCGGAUCGUGGUGUUGGAUAUCUGAGCAACACUCGAUAUAUCGUAUUGCGUUUCAUUACGGACUGAUUUUGUUCAUAGCAACUGCAAUGUUGUUAAUAUACAUAUUGAUGUUUAUCGUGCUGUACAAGAAGCAAGUGGCUCUCCGCAAAGUGAAUAGAAGUAACAAGGUUUUGCAGAACGUCGCAAAAAAGUUGAUUUGGUAUCCGUUUGUCUAUAUAAUGCUAGUAUUGCCCUUGGGUUUACAACGACUGGCUGAGAUAGGAGGAAAGGAUUUCCCUCCACAAUACCUGGUAGUCGCAGCUUGCAUAUUCACGUCUGCCGGAACCGUGAAUGCAGCAAUAUACGGUAUAACUCGCAACAUCAUCUCAGUAAAGCCCGUAUUCGAAAUCAUACCAACCAUCAAACGUCGAAUGACCAUUAACGAAGGCUCACGGAUGACUCUAGACAUACCAGUACAUACGACAAUCAUUACCAUCGUCACGACAACUACAGUCGAAAGCAGUAGAACCAGCACUUUGAUAAACGCUGAUGAGACUAAUUCCGAAGAAAACGCGGCGGCUGUAAAAUCGGAUCAGGAAGAUACGGAAGAAAUGGUAGACAUAGAACUAGACAAUAACGAAACGUCAAACUAG